CCGCGCUUUUGCCUGGGCGGCUUUGGAGCCCGCCGGGAGCUCGGACCGAGGCGCCUCGCUGGGGCGGGACCUUUCCUCGCCUAGGGCAACUUCAUACUUGUGAAUCAUGUCUGAUAACGGAGAACUGGAAGACAAGCCUCCAGCACCUCCUGUGCGGAUGAGCAGUACCAUUUUUAGCACUGGAGGCAAAGACCCUUUGUCAGCUAAUCACAGUUUGAAACCUUUGCCCUCCGUUCCAGAGGAAAAAAAGCCCAGGAAUAAAAUCAUCUCUAUAUUUUCAAGUACAGAGAAAGGAAGUAAGAAGAAAGAAAAGGAACGGCCAGAAAUUUCUCCUCCAUCUGAUUUUGAACACACCAUACAUGUUGGCUUUGAUGCUGUUACUGGAGAAUUCACUGGCAUGCCAGAACAGUGGGCUAGAUUAUUACAGACCUCCAAUAUCACCAAACUAGAGCAAAAGAAGAAUCCUCAGGCUGUGCUGGAUGUCUUAAAGUUCUAUGACUCCAACACAGUGAAGCAGAAAUACCUGAGCUGUACUCCUCCUGAGAAAGAUGGCUUCCCCUCUGGAACACCAGCACUGAAUACAAAGGGCUCAGAAACAUCAACAGUAGUAACAGAGGAAGAAGAUGAUGAUGAAGAGGCUCCUCCUCCUGUUAUUGCUCCAAGACCAGAUCAUACAAAAUCAAUUUACACAAGAUCUGUAAUUGACCCUAUUCCUGUGCCAGUUGGAGAUUCUAAUGUUGAUAGUGGUGCCAAGUCUUCAGACAAACAGAAGAAGAAGACCAAGAUGACAGAUGAAGAGAUUAUGGAGAAAUUAAGAACUAUUGUCAGCAUAGGUGACCCUAAGAAAAAAUAUACAAGAUAUGAAAAAAUUGGUCAAGGGGCUUCUGGUACGGUUUUUACUGCUACUGAUGUUGCAUUGGGACAGGAGGUUGCUAUCAAACAGAUAAAUUUGCAGAAACAGCCAAAGAAAGAAUUGAUCAUUAAUGAAAUUUUAGUGAUGAAAGAAUUAAAGAAUCCCAACAUAGUUAACUUCUUGGACAGUUACCUGAUGGGAGAUGAAUUGUUUGUGGUAAUGGAGUACCUUGCUGGUGGGUCACUUACUGAUGUUGUAACAGAAACCUGUAUGGAUGAAGCACAGAUUGCUGCUGUAUGCAGAGAGUGUUUACAGGCAUUGGAGUUUUUACAUGCUAAUCAAGUGAUCCACAGAGACAUCAAGAGUGACAAUGUGCUUUUGGGGAUGGAAGGAUCAGUUAAACUUACUGACUUUGGUUUCUGUGCCCAGAUCACCCCUGAACAGAGCAAGCGAAGUACCAUGGUUGGAACACCUUAUUGGAUGGCACCAGAGGUGGUUACCAGGAAAGCUUAUGGUCCUAAAGUGGACAUAUGGUCUUUGGGUAUCAUGGCAAUUGAGAUGGUAGAAGGAGAGCCUCCCUACCUCAAUGAAAAUCCCUUGAGGGCCUUGUACCUGAUAGCCACUAAUGGAACCCCAGAACUCCAGAAUCCAGAGAAACUAUCCCCAAUAUUUCGGGAUUUCUUAAAUCGCUGUUUGGAGAUGGAUGUGGAAAAAAGGGGUUCAGCCAAAGAAUUGUUACAGCAUCCUUUCUUGAAACUGGCCAAACCAUUAUCUAGCUUGACACCGCUGAUCAUGGCAGCUAAAGAAGCAAUGAAGAGUAACCGUUAACAUCAUUGUGAUGGCCUCAUAUUCUUUUUUCCAUUUUCUAAAAGAAGUCUUUUAAUAUAUGAAAAUUUUACUCUCUUCGAGGGUUUGAAAGAAGUGGUAUGCAUAACAUGGAGGAAAACCACAAACUACUCCUUGAAGAAAACAGAGAAAAUUGCAAAAAAGAAUUAUGACUUUCAAAUGAACCCCUUCUUUAGGGUCCAAAAGUAAUUGUGGACUGAAUCACUAGCCUUACUUAAGUCUUUGUCUUUCUGCAGACAGCCCAUCGGGGCCAUUUAUCAUGCUUGAGAUUUGCAUUUUGUUUUAUUUUGCUGACUUUGUUGUAAUAGAUCCCAUUCAUUAUCUCCUUUGGGGUAUUUUCAAUACUUGAAUGGCAGAUUUGAGUUUUUCAUAGUAUUUGUUUCAUCUGCUAGUUCUUUUCCUUCUUCUUCAUAGCUUUUUCCUUGACUUGUUCAUUUGGAGUUGCCUUGAGAAAAUUUUCUUAUGCCUAAAUUCAAGGCAAGUGUGAUAGAAAUUAUGUAGCCCCUUAUAUUGGCAAAGGGGCUCAAUGUGGUUAACUUUGUAUAGAAGUUAGGACCAGCUAUUGUUACAUGUAAUAUUUCAGUUCAGUAUUUGAACUGAAGGAAGGGGAGAAACGUAUAUGAUUUUUACCUUUUUUAACAAAUGUGAAAGAGUCAGUUUUAGAAAUUUCAUGGUAGUGAGUUGUUUGGCAUUUGUUACAUGUAUAGAGAGAAGACUAAUCUAUAUUUAUAACUAAAUCAUUGAAACAGAAAAAGAGUCCCAUUGACUAUUUGUCCUUAUGAUUUUUGUCUUCCUUUCUGCCUGCUCCCUCCUCAGAUUAGGUUUCAAGAACCAAAGUGAUUUGUUCUUGUUCCAACUUGGGCCUUAUGAGUUUGCUUGGUGCCGCUACUUUAGGUUACCCACCUGUUUUUCUUCAUUUUGCAAAUAAGUUUCUGUAUAUGUUGUAAAUUUAGGUCCAGGUUGGGUUUUUGUUUUAAUUAACCCUCUUCCUCACCCAGUGUCAAAUAAUACAAUAAUUAUUGAAGGUUUGGAAUUUAAAAGUUAACUUUUCUUUCCCCCUCUCACCCUCACCCUCCUUCACAUAUCCCUUCUCCCCGCCGACCCCCACCCCCCAUUUAUAGGAGAAAAAUAUUUGGGUGUAGCAGAGACAGAAAGAGAGGCUUGAAUUUUGGUGCACUCAAAAAUAAUUAGAUGAGAUUAUAUUUGUAAAAGGAGAGAAAUGUCAGUUACAUAGAGGAGUAGUUUGUGAUCAGUAAACCAUAGAGAUUUGCCAUAAAUUACAUUGUUCCCAACCCAUUACCAACAUCUUUCUGGCUACAAGAACAUAAGUGACAAAGUACUUAUCUUAAUGAAUUCAUGGAUCAUUUAGAUUUUUUUCAAAGGAAUAGAUUAUAUUCAUUUAAGAAACUGUAGAAAGGAAGAUACGAAAAGUGAAAUGUGCUUGAUAAUAGUAAUACUUCUUUUAUUUUAAAGGUUUUAAAAAAAAAAGGUCUGUGACCCUAUAGCAUUAAUUAUUAGAGUGCCCUCUCCUGUCCUUUCCUCUCUGCUCCACUCCUCUUGUUUGUUUGUUUGUUUGUUUUAUUUUGG